GAUGUGGUCAGAUCUUUGUCACCAGCAGAGCUUGGGUGGGUUUUUGUGUAUGUGUGUGUAGGGAUGUGUGUUUCAUGUGUUUCCGUCUAAGUUUGUUCAAGGCGCAAAAUGUCUUCCGUUCUCUUGUUGCAACCAGGCCAGUUUUCGCUUCUUCGCCACUCUUCCUCCCACAGAUGGAUAGAUGGAAGAGAGGUCUAGGGGAUUUCCAGGUUUUUAUUUAAACAAAAAAGCAUGCAUAGCUUUGGAAGAGUCUUAUAGUGGCAGGCCACCAGAGAUCCUUUCUGUCUGCUGUUUGGACUUUGCACAGAUUCUAUUUAAUUUUUUUUUUUUCAAACAAAUCGGAGUUCUUUCAUCUGAAGCCAUGGUUAGGAUUGUGUACAAAGCUUUACUUCAAUCACGUCACUUAGGGAGAGUGUUACAUCCUUCCCUUUUAUGAUUAUGGACCUCACUACUAUGGAUCUCCAUUCUGAUCAAACUGUAUGGGUGUAGAAGAGUUGAGAGGCAGAAUGUAGCACCCCCUAGGGGAUAUCAGAGAAGUUCCAGAAGCUGUGUAACAGGAGGAGGAGGAGGAGGAGGAGGAGGAGGUGUGAGGAGAAACACAGCCAUCAAUCUGCAGUUCCGCUCUUAGUAAACAGCAACAGGUUAUUGAGUCACUGGCGCAGGAUGUCCUUCCUUCUCAGGAAGAGAGCCAGAGGAAGAGGGAUCAACACCUCCCUCCUCCUCUCUUUAUACAAGACCAUCUCUCAUCAGCUUUGUGUCUGCUGCUUGAUUUCAUCUACCUCAGUAGAUAUGAAGACAUGCCUUUCCUUCUCCUUUACUUUUAUUGAGAACGAGUGAACGGAUUAUAUAAAAUCUAGAUUAUUUUUCUUGCGUGUGUGAUGCAUGUGACAUGACCUUGGAGGGUGGAGAGAGAGAGACAGAGAGAGAAAGAGGGAGGGAGUGAGUGAGGGAGGGAGUAAGGGUGGGGGAAAAAGUAGGAGGAGCCAACAAGGAGUCCUUCAACAAGUCAGAAAGAAACAUGCUCAGGCAGUUAGUCAAACUCGAGACACUCAGAGGAGAACACAGUCGCCAUCUGGACUAGCGGCUGGACAGGAGAGGGAACGAGGGUGAUCUGCACCUGUCCCACGAACACACACUCUUUCUAUUGCGCGCACACACACACACACACAGACGCGCGCACACACACAAGCGCACUCAGGGGAGAGAUCAGACGGCUCUAUGUGUGGCUGGAACCAAAGUCUGUCGGCCGCCUCUCAGCAUAGCUCCGUCAUGUUGACCACUGAGGGCUCCCCGAACACAGCCGACCAGGUGGAUCUGAAGAUGACCGUCGAGGAUGCCGACAUGUCCAAUUGGACAGAAGCUGAGUUCGAAGAGAAGUGCACCUACAUAGUGAAGGACCACACGUGGGAGAGUGCGGACAAGACAGAUCUGCCCCGUGCCCAGACCUCGCUGCCGAGAAACCUGGCAUUCAGAUAUGCCCCUGACUCCAAAGAGGUAAUCGGUGUCGUAAGCCGCGAGUACAUACCGACGGGUACGCGCUUCGGCCCUCUAGUGGGAGAAAGUUACACAGCAGAGAACGUACCCAAAGACGCCAACAGGAAGUACUUCUGGAGGAUUUAUGCAGGAGGACAGUUCCAUCAUUUUGUAGACGGCCUGGACGAGGAGAAGAGCAACUGGAUGCGCUAUGUGAAUCCAGCCCACUCACAGCAGGAGCAGAACCUGGCUGCUUGUCAGAAUGGCAUGAGCAUCUACUUCUACACAGUGAAGCCCAUCCCUGCUGACCAGGAGUUGCUGGUGUGGUACUGCACCGACUUCGCACACCGUCUCCACUACCCUCCCUCAGGAGAUCUCAUGAUGCAGAAGCUCAAGCAGAGUCUGAUAGAAGCAAAGCAGCAGGUGUCGGAAGAAAAACCUGUUGUGAAGAGAGAGCAUACUGUGUCAGAAAUCCUCAAAGACACAUGGCGGGAGCCUGCAAGGCCACUGCCCACACGUCCCCACUGCACUGUUAGCCCUGACAGACCCAUCUACCCCCAUGUCAUCUACCCAGUCCGCCCGCAGCCUCACCUCAGAGAGGAUAUCAUGAAAACCAGCCCAAGUAUCUGUUUUGCCACUUGUUCACCUGCACUGUCCUCAGCCACCCCUAGCCCAUCAGCACGCAGCAGCCCUGAAACCAGUCCAGGAAACAGUCCUGCUCCAGCAGAUCCUAGGGAUGCCCUGCCACUCUACAAUGGCAGCCUGGGUCACUAUCCUGGCUACUCCCUGCCCAACCCCCUUUCCUCAUUCUACCCCAACCCACAUUAUCUCUUUGCCCCUUACUCCAUGGGUAGAACACCACCAGUGGGGAAUGUGUUCUCCCGCAUGUACCCCAUUUACAACAGCUUACUGUCCCCUCACAUGCCCCACCCACCCACCAUGCUUCCACCUGAGGGAGGAAGGCAUUUCCUGCUGCCACCCCACAGGGACUUCCUGCUUCCACCACCCAAGAGUGCCUUCUCUAGAGCGACGACCCCAAAAGACAAACCCCUGCACAGACACCCUCAUGCCCCAAUCAGUGGUUCUCCCACAGCUGGUUCUGCAGUCUCUGUUGAUCAGCAGCCUGCCAACCCAACCUCAGCGCAGCCGAGCAUCCGACGUUCAGAGGAUGAGGCAAUCAAUCUCAGCAAGAUGAAGCGAGGCCCUGCAGGAUACAAGACGCUGCCAUACCCACUGAAGAAACAGAAUGGCAAGAUAAAGUACGAGUGCAAUGUAUGCAGCAAGACUUUUGGACAGCUGUCAAACCUUAAGGUGCACCUGCGUGUCCACAGUGGCGAGCGCCCUUUUAAGUGUCAGACAUGCAAUAAGGGCUUCACUCAGUUGGCCCACCUGCAGAAGCAUUACCUGGUCCAUACAGGAGAGAAGCCCCAUGAAUGCCAGGUAUGCCACAAGCGUUUCAGCAGCACAAGUAAUCUGAAGACCCAUCUAAGGCUGCACUCAGGUGAGAAGCCUUAUCAGUGUAAGCUCUGCCCAGCGAAGUUCACACAGUUUGUCCACCUCAAACUGCACAAACGGCUACACACUCGAGAGCGCCCCCACAAGUGUACACACUGCCACCGCAACUACAUCCACCUCUGCAGCCUGCGCCUCCACCUUAAGGGCUACUGCCUGGCUGCUAUGCCUUCCCCCCACUGCAGCCUCGACGAACUGAACCGCAUUAAUGAGGAGAUUGAGCGCUUCGACAUCAGCGACAAUGCUGACCGGUUGGAGGAGAUUGAUGGUGUUGAUGUGGAGAGGCUGGUGGAAAAGCAGAUCUUCAGUCUGAUCUGCCGUGAAAUGGACCUCAAGGCAUCAUACCACAAAGGCAGCACUGGAGGAGAUUUGCUUCCUCCAUCACAUCCGUCUAGCACCUACAGCCUGUAUGAGCCAAGCAGUGAAACAUCAGUUAUCAAGCUCCUACCUGUCAAGGUCAAACAAGAGACUGUGGAGGCAAUGGAAUCUUAGCCCCAGCCCUAGUACACACGCUCACUAAGACAUGCUGCCCCUCAACCUCAUUGGUUCACCCGGUCUGGCUGUGGACAGCCACAGGUGUACACGAUCCUUCUCAUAAGGAGACAGGCGCAGACCUUUGCUUUCAGGGAGUUACCAUACUCAGGGCUAAGAGACACUGCUCCAGGCCACUAGCGGUCCAGUGUGUCCUACACUUACUUUAGAGACAAUCAUCUAUUUCUUUAUUUCAUAAUAAUAUUAUUGUUGAUGUCAUUGGUAUUUGUUAUUAUUUUUUUCUAUUGUUAUUCCUUAAUAAUAUUUGGUUCAGUUCGAUAUGCAACUUCCUUAAUUUAUUGUCAAUGUUUACAAUGACUGGGUAAUUCAUUGUAAUUCACUGUUCUGUAUAUUUUCUAGUCACUCUUUUGUACAUAGUUCUUGCAGCCUGCGUUAGUUUGUUUGCCCUCUGAUUGUGAUGAACUAAUGAGUACCAGAGUUGAGGAGCUUGCCUUGAUUCAGGGGUUUUUUUAUUUGUAUUUUUAAUGCAGACAGGUUUUUUUUUUUCCUUUUUAAGUAGCUCUUUUAUGGAAGGCUGUUGUAAUACAACAAUAGUGGAAUUUUGACAGUGUCACCAUCACCAUGUCUUACUUGCUGGGGGGAGGGUGGGGGAAGGGUAAGAGAUUUGAUUGAUUUGUUUUCAAAUAACCUACAAGCCUUUCCCUAAUUUCUAAUGAGCACACCUCGGUGUAACACAAAAAGGGCAUUUUGUAUAUUUUCAACAAUUUACCUCAAACUGUGAGAGUGUGUGUGUGUGUGUGUGUGUGUGUGUGUGUGUGUAGGCUGUGAGUGUAUUCAGAAGGAAGUCAAAGGCAUAUAUGAUAUUUAUUGCUUUUCUACUUGAAGAAGAAACCAAAUGUCCCUGGAGUAGAGGUCUCUAUGUGGUUAAAAAAAAAAAAAAAAGAAAAAAAAGACAGGAGCCUGGUAGCAUGUAGCACACUGGCUAUGAAGCUGAGAGUACUUCUCUAUUGACUCACUAAUAUUUUGGCGCAAGGGACUGGAAUACUGAGCUAGUUACCAAAAGUUCACUUAAAGAGCAGUGAGUGUCUAUAGCGGUAUUAGUUGCUCUUUAGAUGUUGUCUGUUCUACAGAUUUUUGUGUUGUUUGCCCUUUUUACACUCAUGGAUGGCACAAGUCAAAGUGCCUUGGUCUUUAUAUGCACUGGUUUAUCUUCAUUGAUCAUUUUUUCUGUACUUUUUUUUUUUAAAUCCAGAUUUUUUCUGAGAGAGUCAUCAUUUUGAUGGCUUAAUGACUUUCUUUCCAUAAGGCACCAAAGUGUACCGUAAAGCAGUAGCAUCUCUUCAUUUCUGUUCUGAAGUAUGACCAAAGUCUUCCCCAUAUCUUCAGCUUUAAACGAAAUGUAAAACAAAAACAAACUCCUCUGUCUCUACGUUUACAUACAGGUUUACAUAGUUAUUUAAGUGCAACUUGUUUAAAAUGUAAAUUAUAUAAAAUGUUCACUGACAUAAUGGAAUGGUUUGUCUUUUCUUGUCAUUUUUUAAAAAAAAAACCAAAACAAAACAAAAAGAAUACAUGUUUCAGUCAGAAAAACGCCAAAGUACUUAAAGCCAUAGGACGAAUCCUUACGAUCAAUCCGGUACAAAUAUGAACGUGCAAUUACGGCUAUAU